AUGGUUCUCUCUCUCUCUCUCUCUCUCUCAUUUCGUUACAACACUAUCUGUCUGUCUUUUCAUUCCUAUCUAUCUAUCUAUCUAUCUAUCUAUCUAUCUAUCUUUUCAUUCCUAUAUAUCUAUCUAUUAUAUACCAUAGCUAUGAACAUUAAUGGUUCACAAUUUUUUUGUUGUUUUUGUUUUGUAUUUCCUGCUUUUUCUUCUUUUUUCCUUUUGUAUUUCCUGCUUUUUCUUCUUUUUUGUUUUGUAUUUUGCUUUUUUUUUUUUUUUUUUUUUUUUGUAUCUCCUGCUUUUUCCUCUUUUUUGUUUUGUGUUUCCUGCUUUUUCUUCUUUUUGUUUUGUAUUUCCUGUUUUUUCUUCUUUUUUGUUUUGCAUUUCCUGUUUUUUCUUCUUUUUUGUUUUGUAUUUCCUGCUUUUUCUUUUUCUUUUUUUUGUUUUUAUUUCCUGCUUUUCUUCUUCUUUUUUUUGUUUUGUGUUUUGCUUUUUUACUCUUUUUUUGUUUUGUAUUUCCUUUUUUUCUUCUUCCAUUUUGUUCUUUUUUUGUUUUUUGUUUCCUGUUUUUCCUUCUUCUUUUUUGUUUUGUAUUUCCUGCUUUUUCUUCUUCUUUUCUUCCAGUCCACAAUUCAGACCUUCUUUCUUUUCACAUUUAUUUUUCGUCCAUUGUUCAUUUUUAUUUCUUUCUGUCACUCUUUUCAUUCUUUUUUUCUCCCCUUCUGUAUUUCUUCUUUCAUUAAUUCAUUCUUCCUUUAUUUUUAUUUUUCGUCUUCCGUCUCUCAUCUUCUUUCUUUCAUUUUUCAGUGCCACUUAAGAAGGUGGUAUACGCGCAUGACUCUUCGCUGA